AUGGGGCCCCACACCACCGCCCGCAGCCGCGGCUCUUCGCCUUGCUCCUCAGCCAACAGCCGCACCAGCAGCCAAGCGAACAUAACCUCCAUAAUCAACUCCAACACGCCAGAUGCUUCAAGAGAAGUUGUAAAUACUAGCGACGAGCGUACCGUUGCCACCGACCUCCGCAGCAACAGCAGCAGCAGUAGCAAAGACAGCCACGGAGGCACCAGCAAUGACUGCUGCUACCUCAAAGACUGCAGCGGCAACGAAAAACAGGCCAGCAGGACCAGCAAGAACAUUAGGGGCAGCAGCGAGAACAUUAGGGGCAGCAGCGCUAGCAAGAACAUUGAAGCCAGCAGCAUUGAAGGGCCCGCCGCAACAGCAGGGCCCCGCAGUCGGUCGUCUAGCGGCUCGUCCGAUGAUGUCAUAGUCAUUUCACCUCCUUCGAUAAAAAGGUCCCCGCGGAGUCCUUUAGCUGCAGAACGUGCCUACCGCCGCAGCGGAAGGAGGAGACGCAGCAGCAGCAGCAACAGCAACAGGAGCAUCAGUGGAAAGGGCAGGAGCAACAGACCAGUAGGGAGGCCGAAACAUGCCCUCACCAGACGCCUGCAUGGCUGGGAAAGCAGCAGCAACACCAGCCGUAGCAGCCGCCGAACCAGCAGCAGCAGAAGCAUCGGGGGACGGGAGGAGGACUCUAGAGGAACUCACUACAGGCGCCACCAAUACCGAGGCAACACUAGCAUAAGAGCACACUUCAAUAAGGAGGCACUGGGACCUUCUCUGCAGCACCUUUACGCAGAGCCACAGCUGCGCGUGCUUGUUGCAGCCUUUACGGGACAGUUUAUUCGAUAUCGCGUGUGCUGCCCACGGUGGCUGCCUCCUGUGUGUUUCCGUUUCCUAUAUUUGCUUUUUUUGCAUCUGCCGCUGGGUGCCGUCCAUCGCUUCAUAGCAACGGGAGGUCGCGCCGGCGCAGCAGAAGCCCUCGAAGUUGGACUCAUGACCGGUACGCGUCUUAUGCUGCUUUUGCUUGUCAUGGUCCUCACUUCUUGCGAAGAGUUUGCGGUGAGGAGCCCCUCUCCUCAAAGACGGAGAGCAAAAGGGGAGAUGUGGGACACGCGGCUGGGCCAGUGGAAGUCAAGGGCAGGGGGCGUUUACAUCCCCCCAACUCCAGAGGAGCUGCAAGCAGCUGAGGGACAGCAGCGGGCCUUGCGGGAGCAGCACCAGCACGCGCGUAGUACUUCCGCCCUGUCUGGAGGCCUUUCUCCGCGGCGGCAACGCUCGCCCUCUCUGCGGGUGCGGCGUGAACGGGGCAGUCCGGUGUACGAGUAG